UCCGCUCACUUUUCUGCGCCGCGCCUUCAUGAACCUGCUUCCAACUUCUCCAAGUGCUGGAGAGCAGUCUAGAUGAUGUUUCUGCGGUGGAAUUCGAGCUGAAUUCCAGGAUUCUGUGUGGAAGGAAUAUUAUUUGUGUGUUGGUGUUGAUGACAGUCGGAUCUCCAGCCUGCACGCGCAUGAAAGGAACUUCAGGAGUUUUAGGAGUUUCAGGAGUUUUAGGAGUUUAGGGAUGCAGAAUGGAUCCCAAAUCAGAGAUCCUGCUUCAGACUACGGGCUGCACAUGGCUGAGUCCCAUCAGCAAGUUCCUGGGAGUUCCACUGGAUCAGGUGAACUUUAUCAUGUGCCAGAUGUUUGGUCUGGCUGCUGCCUUCUGGUUUCGGCUGUGUCUCAGUCCUCAGCGAGUUGGUCCAGCUGUGCGUCACGCCGUCGCUAGUUUCUUGGGGUCGUUCUUCGUUAUAUUCUGCUUUGGAUGGUAUUCCUUGCACGUCUUCGUCCUGACGCUCAUCUGCUACAUCAUCCUGCACAGAGCGAGUGUACGCACCGUUCACUGGUACACAAUGAUUGCUGCGAUGGGAUACCUCACGGUGUGCCAGGUCAGCAGGGUCUUCAUCUUCAACUACGGUAUCCUGGCCACGGACUUCUCAGGGCCACUGAUGAUGAUGGUGCAGAAGAUCACCACUCUGGCCUUUCAGCUUCAUGAUGGAAAGUGUCGCAAGCAGGAGGAGCUCACUGCGGAACAGAGACGUCUGGCUGUAGUCACCCAGCCGUCGCUGCUGGAGUAUCUGAGCUACACCCUGAACUUCAUGAGCGUCCUGGUCGGGCCAUGCAGCGACUACAGUGACUACACCAAGUUCAUCGAGGGACACCACGUUCACAGCAAACUCAAACACAACGUGCAGCACAACGGCUACGAUGUGCAAGCAGAACCCUCGCCUGUGCGAGCUGUAUGUGAGAAGUUGAUGGUGUGUGUCGGCUGCCUCUUCUGGUUCUUCACCGUCACCAGAAGGUUCCCGAUCGGCUACAACGUGGACCCACGGUUCAUUAGCGACGCCUCGUUCCUCAGCAGAUUGGCUUAUGCCUUCGUCUCCAUCCAGGCAGCUCGGCCCAAGUUUUACUUCGCGUGGACUCUCGCUGAUGCAGUCCAUAACGCAGCGGGAUACGGAAUCAGCGGAUUGGAUCAGAAUGGCCGAGUGUCCUGGGACCUGGUCUCUAACAUCCACAUCUGGGAAAUCGAGGCAACAACCAGCUUCAAAUCGUUCAUCGACAACUGGAACAUUCAGACAGGAGUAUGGCUCAAGCGCGUGUGUUACGAUCGUGUGCCGUAUUUCCGGACACCACUGACAUUCGUGUUGUCGGCACUGUGGCAUGGAGUUUACCCUGGAUAUUACUUUACCUUCCUCACAGGCAUCCCUAUCACACUCACCGCCCGCGCUGUCCGCAGGAAUUUCCGCCACUAUUUCUUGCACUCUCGCUCCAUCAAGCUGGCGUAUGACGUCAUCACCUGGGCAGCGACGCAGUUGACCAUCUGUUACACCGUCAUGCCAUUCUUACUGCUGGCCGUGGAGCCGACGAUCAUCUAUUACAGGUCCAUGUACUUCCAUGUGCACAUCAUUAGCAUUCUGGCGAUGCUCGUCCUGCCCAGCAGACCCAGGAGGCCUGAUCUCCAUGCCCAGCACUCCAACAAUAACGUGAAGGGAGAAUAAAUACCCUGCUGUGUGUGUGUGUGUGUGUGUGUGUGUGUGUCUGUGUGAGACUGCAGUGGCAUGAGGGCUGCACAAAGGACGCUCUGUGUGAGCGACAAAGCGAGCUGGGCCGGCGUGUAACCGCCUGCCAUAAUGUGUCCUCACUCUCAGUUCAUGAACACACACACACACACACACACUCUCUCUCCAUGGAUGAUGAAGACUGAACUGUAGGUCUAAAAAAGGCUUAAACAGCGCUGUGUCACGCCACACUGCACCUAGCUAUAAUGAAGACAAGAUGGACUCAUCACAUCUUUACUAAGUAAAUUAAUUGUCAUUCUUAAGUAUUUUUAAAACUUUAAACUUGGGGUAUUACACAGGUUUGGGACCAGAGCAUUAAUUGUAAAUUAAUGUUGUCUAAUAUGUAUUUAUUAUUAAUUCAUAUGUUGUGUGUUUAUAUAUAUUAAUAUAUAUAAACACACACGGAUCAGCUAUAACAUUAAAACCACUGACACAAAGUGAAUAACACUGAUUAUCUCAUUAAAAUGGCACCUGUGUAAGGGGUGGGAUAUAUUAGGUAGAAAGUGAACAGUCAGUUCUUGAAGUUGAUGUGUUGAAAUUAGAAAAAAUGGGCAAGUGAAAGGAUCUGAGUGACUUUGACCAGGGCCAAAUUGUGAUGGCUAGACGACUGGGUCAGAGCAUCUCCAAAAUGGCAGGUCUUGUGUGGUGUUCCCGGUAUGCAGUGGUUAGUACCUACCAAAAGUGGUCCAAGGAAGGACAACUGGUGAACUAGUGACAGGGUCAUGGGCGCCCAAGACUCACUGAUGCACGUGGGGAGCCAAAGCUAGCCCGUCUGGUCCGAUCCCACAGAAGAGCUACUGUAGCACAAAUUGCUGAAAAAGUUAAUGCUGGCUAUGAUAGAAAGGUGUCAGAACACACAGUGCUUCGCAGCUUGCUGCAUAUGGGGCUGCAGGCUGGACAGAGUGCCCAUGCUGACCUCUGUCCACUGCCAAAAGCACCUACAGUGGUGACAUGAGCAUUAGAACUGGACCAUGGAGCAAUGAAAGAAUGUCGCCUUGUCUGAUGAAUUACAUUUUCUUUUGCAUCAUGUGGACAGCCAGGUGCGUGUGCAUCCCUUACCUGGGGAAGAUAUGGCAUCAGGAUGCACUAUGGGAAGAAGGCACUUUGACACGUACCACCUACCUAAACACUGUUGCAGACCAAGUACACCCCAUUAUGGCAAUGGUAUACUCUAAUGGCAGUGGCCUCUUUCAGCAGGAUAAUGUGUCCUGUUAACACUGCAAAAAUUGUUCAGGAAUGGUUUGAGGAACAUAAAGAGUUCAAGGUGUUGACUUGGUCUCCAAAUUCUCAAUCCGAUCGAGCAUCUAUGGGAUGCCCUGCACAAACAAGUCCGAUCCAUAGAGGCCCCACCUCACAACAGGACCUUACAGGACUUAAACGAUCUGCUGCUAACAUCUCGGUGCCAGAUACAUCAGCACACCUUCAGAGGUCUUGUGAAGUCCAUGCCUCGACGGGUCUGAGCUGUUUUGGCAGCACAAGGGGGACCUACACAAUAUUAGGCAUGUGGUUUUAAUGUUAUGGCUGAUCUGUGUGUGUGUAUAUAUAUAAUGUAUAACAUUGUGAGUUUUUGAUAAAAAAAAAAUAUUUGGGAGCUACCUUUUUUAAAGAUAUCUUUUUGAAUAAAAAAAAUAAAGCGAGGUUUCAAAUAAACAAUUCAUUUAUUGUUCUUAUCCUACAUACAAAUGCAGCCAUGUGUUCAUGUUUAUGAGAAGAUUACAGCUUCGACCAGUUAAAAGUGGGUGCUAAGUGCAAUUAAAGUCUAAUUUUAGUUCAAUUGAGUCUUUCUUCACUAAUUUACUAACAGAUCUGAGGUAAAUGUUGAUGUUCUGGACAGUUCUGUCUUGUUUCCGUGGUCACUUUGUCUUUACACUGUCUGUAUAAAGGACUUAAAGGCUACGUGUUAGCUAGCUAAAGUGUGGAGCCCAAUCAUUAGCUAACGUAUCCAAAGUGUACAAAACACUUGUGCUGCAAUAUUGAAGCUUCUCAGUAUGACAGUACUCAUUAAACUGGAUUAAAGGUUGAUGCUAAGUGUAAUUUAGUCUAAUUUUAUUUGAACAAAAUGUUUUCUUACUAAUUUAACAACACGCCUGAGGUAAAUGUUGAUGUUCCAGACAAUCCUGUCUCAUUUCCGCUGACACUGUGUUUACACUGUCUGUAUAAAAGACUUCAAGGCUACGUCCUAGCUAGCAUCCUAGCUAGUAUAUGUUGCACAACAUUUCUCAGUAUUGUGAAACCCAUUAAACUUAGCAGUCAAUGCCAAGUGUAAUUAAAAGUAAAAAGUGCAUUUUAAGUUGUACGUAGUCUUUUCUGAGUAAGUUACCAACAUCUUGAUGUUCCGCAUGGUUCUGUCUCUUCACACUGUCUGUAUAAAAGACUUCAAGGCUACAUCCCUCAUUUCAAUCACUAGCCAGCAGAUGCUCUGUGAAUGUAUUUCCUUUUCACCUAGCAGCAGACUUCUAACAAAACAUUUGUGCUGCAAUACUGACUAAGGGCAGAAUCCAUUAAAUUUG